UGGACCGGACACCCGGAUCUGGAUGAAUUUGACCAGUGGUGCUAUGAGCUAGACACCUGGGCUGAAGUGAACGACGUACCCGACGGUUUUGUGGUGAAAACCAUGAUGAAUUACUUGGGAGGCAAGGCCGCAAAGUUCUUCAUGAACCAUGUGGCUCCUGAACGAAACAAGUGGUCCAAACAGGACGUCUACGAUGGACUGUUCGACUACUGCUUCCCUGAAGACUUCAAAAGGGUGCUUAGGGCGAAAUUGGAGCGUGCUUACCAAGGGACAACGAGGUUACGUGACUAUGUGCGGGAAAUCGAGCACUUGGCUAAACGGUUUCCCGAUGUCACUGACUUUCAGCUGGUGCAAAUCUUCUGGAAAGGCAUUAAUCAAUACUUACGAGUACACCUGAUUGAGAAGGGAUUUGAUCCGGAAACUACACCGCUAGAUAGGCUCGUCAAACACGCUGCACGGAAAGAGAAGGCACAC